ACUGUAUGAACUUCGGUGACUCAAUAAUAACCUAAAUCCACCUAAAUAUUUCAUAAAAUAAAUCGUAGAAAUGGCAUUAUUAAAUUGUAUCAAUAAACUACAAGUUACAGUUAAUUACGCCUUAAAAAUACAAUAUAGUAAUGUUGUUGGAGGUAUGCUCGGGACAAUAAAAAAGAAGAAAGGUAAAUUGGGGCCUAUGAUGGAAAAGAAAGUUCUUCCUGUAGAAACUGAUCCUGAAAAACUACUUUCUUAUUGUUGUGGUUCUAAUAUAUAUAAAACAGGAGAAGAUGUAAAAUUAAAACCAGACAGUGAAUAUCCAGAUUGGCUUUGGUCAAUCAGAACUGGACCUCCUCCGCCAUUAGAAGAAUUGGAUAGGAACUCAAUCGAGUACUGGCGAAGAGUUAGAAAAAUGGGGAUGAGGCGAAACAACCAGCUUCAAAAAUUAAAAAGAACUUGAUGGAGAUAUUGACUGCAAGCCGAUAAAAUAAACCUAUGGGCUAAUAUCUGAUGCCCAUCAAAUGUGGAGAGGCAUACA